CCGUAUGUGUAGCAAUAUCCUGGACCUGGGUUCAAGUGAGGUCGCCUUUGUAGCUUGUGAAUUCCUCACAUCUCGUUUUUACGGUUUCUUGCAAUAAACUUACUUGUCCACCUGAUCUACUUUCAGCACGAACUCGUUGUUCUUCAAACGUGUGGUGUGUUUGUGCGAGACAUCGGCGUUUCGUGGGAGAAAACAAAAAAAAGGGGAGAGAGCGUGUAGAGGUGGAGUUGUCUGUCCCGCGAGGACAUGGGUGCGGCCGCUUCCAGCUCUCGCGGGGACAGCGAUGAGGAGGAUCUGGACACACAGGAGUCCAGCGAUGGUGAGAAUGAGGUGUCCGGGAUAGCAUCGCUGGAGCUAAGCAAACUCUUUGACAGCAAGGAGCUGAGAGAGCUACUGGCUGGUCUCAAGGAUCCAUCAUCGAAUACAGCGUUCAACAAACUUGGUGCGCUUCGCAAGUGUGUGCAUGCUUGGCUGGCGGAUCGCAGUAAACGGAACGAGUCGACGGUGUCGUUAUGGCAGUUCUGCCAGCACGUUCUGAAGCAGGAGAACCUCUUGUCGCGGGAAGAGUGUGUUGAGUUCUUUGCACGCUUUGACACAGACAGCGAUGGAGUCGUGCCUCUAUCCGUGUUCAAAACGCUCUUUGCUGCUUUCUGGGAGGACUUAAACCAGCUGAGCAUCUCUGUCAGCAUGCUGAAGAAGUCACCACUGAUGCCAGGAUUCCUGGAUGCGUUUGCCGAGAGCAAGGGUAUGCCGGGCGAACACGGAAAACACCUGCUGAUGUUUCUGUUGCGCAAUCGUCCCAAGGAUGAAAUGCUGUGGGCACCAUUCACCAGCUCUUUGAAGUACACCAGUAACCUGCGCUGGUCGGCUGUAGAAGCACAUCUACGUGCCCUGCAAGAAGUCGGUGAGGAUACGCAAGAAAAUGAGUUGCAGGCCGGCAUGUCAUCGGAAGUGCUCAAGCAGGGAAAGUGCUUUGCAUCCAUCGACGUGUCGAGUAAUACGUCUGACAUGCAGAACUUAAUCAAUCCUGGCACCUCCUAUUGGCAGUCACAGGGUCCCGUGCACACCCAUUGGAUCAAGGUGCGCUUGCGUCCCGACGUAUGCGUGAAGCGUCUCGCCCUCGGCGUGAUGGAGAGGGACGCCAGCUACAUGCCACAGAACAUCUCUGUCUUCGGUGGUUCUUCCAAAAUGUCUCAAGGAAUUCAGCUGGCACAGCAUGUCAUACCCAACUCGUUCAAUGGAGAGUUUGUUGUGGCUGAGAACCUCAAGACCUACUAUCAAUACAUCACCGUGCGCAUUCUCCGCUGUCGUAGCGAUGGUCAUGACACGCGUGUUCAUAGCGUCUCCGUUUCGGGCGUCAGGGUUGGUCCAGUUGUGGCAAAGUCCAGUUUGACGGACGUGACUGGCGUAUGGUUGAUCGGAAUGAUGGGUAACACCGCCAUGGCUACCAUGCAUCUACUGCCUUCACUCAGGAUUGAUCUUAUGCGACAGACCACCGUAGCCGUUGAUCAGAUGCCACCGCUCUCGCUGUGUACCUCCUCCAAGGACAGACCAGCCGUCCUGAGUCCUGCCUUGCUGGAUGAGCUGGCCAGAUUCGUACGCAGUCUCCUGAUUGAUGGCAGCGGGGCUGUGUCGCCCAUUGGUCUAGCCAACUUGGCUAAGUUUUCUAUGGCCCGCGGUGGUAUUGCCACAAUGCUUGACGCUGCUGUGCUACUCCAAGAACAUCGCGACGUUGAGCUGGUUGGCCUUCAGUCCUGGCUCAGGGGUCUUGACUCAACCAUGAGCAGGUUGACCACCUCCAGUGGUUGUCCAUUGCAGAUGACGGUGGCUAGCAACAACAAAGCGCUCACCGACGUCAAGAACAACAAUAUCACGUCUCUUGUCAGCAUGGCAAAAGCCUGCAAAGACGUAUUUGUCACGAAGGCACCGCACUCUACUUUCCUCUUCUCCCUGGACAGCAAGAAGACGUUCUUCUUGACAUCGCUGGUCACAAGGUUGCCCAAGAACAACAACUCAACUCGCUUUGCAGUUGUGUUUGCUAUCAAGGAUGAGCUCAAUGGAGGAGAGGUCCUGGAAUCCUUCACCGAAGACGAGUGGACUGCCGACAACUACCAAGGCAAAGUCGAGGAUCUGAAAUCAGGCAAGACAAAGCCACCGCUUGGUGAAUUCCUGGGAAUAACGGAGAUUCACGAGUCCAGUGACACCAUCCAGCUCUUCGAAGGCCAUAGCCUUAUGCGGCACAUUGUGGUGAAGUUCUUCGAGCCAAUGAAACCGGCCAGUGGUGAGGAGCUGCCAGUCCUGCACUUUACGACGUUCAAUUUCAGCGGGUAUGCCGCUAGCGAGAGCGAGAUUGUGCACCCCGGUCCCAGCAAAAUGGAGGAGCUAUCACCGUUACCGACUGGAGGUGCGCCUAUGCCAGCGUCACAUGUCCUGUUACGACUGCUCGUCUUCAUGGCCGAGCUCACGCAGUUACAGAUGCUCACUCAGGCUAAACGGAAGAAGCCUCUGUUUGACAUGGACAAUGUCACCGUCCUCUCAUGGUGGAAACUGUACGAGCUUCUUUGUCACAGCAGCAGCAGUGGCAGUGAUGAUAAGGAGUCACCGCUGAACACUAUGUGUCGCAAGCUAGCACUGCACGUUCUGCACCGCCUGCUGCCCGCUCUCAUCCGCCACUCCAAGGAGAUGGCCAGGGAAGCAGCUGCCAAGGCGCAGAAGGACAAGACCAGCGACGGCAAGGACUCUUCCUCGGCCACCGUCGACUCCUCCGCCACCGCUGCAGAGCCUUCGCCAGUGGCCGCCAUUAUGACGCUGAUGUCGACCGUUACGGCCGAAGCUGCCAAGCCGACCCCGGCGAAGGUUGCCGAAGGCUUUCGCACGCUGCACGACCACCUGGCUGACCUGGUGGAUGACGAGACGACCGCGCCGGAUAUCAUGGUAAUAGCGGAGCGUGUUAUCGUGGAUGGUGCGGAGGCGUUCUUCCCGGAUGCGAAGGCUCGCUGUAAACAUGUCUUGGAGAGAAUCGAUGAGCUUGCCGGCGAUGGUCCAUGCAAGAUGUCGCGGGUAUUGUCGUUUGAGUCGCUAUGUCGUUACUACAGCAAGUCUGAUAGUCGCAGUCUCCUGGGGCUGCCUGAUGAUCUGGAGAAGUUUGAGAAGGGGCCAGUCCUGGAAGUCCUCUCCAAGCUUCUGGCAGUAGCGUUUCAAAAGACGAUGACACAGCUGUCGGACGCGUCGGAUGCGUCCUUGACCUCGAAGCGCGCUCGUCUCACGACCUCGAUAUCCAACGCCCAGCCAGGCUCACCGCAGCGCAUGACUCACGAGCUGGUCAGUCUGCUGUGCGCUCUGCAGCGCACCAUGGUCACCUGGGUGGCCAAGCACCUUCGAGUGCCGGCGUACGUCGAGGCAAAGGCUGCGGCCAAGAAGGCCGACUCUGGCGCGGCGGCGGACUCGUCUGCCGACAAGAAAGACGCCGCCGACAAGGAGGAGAAGGAGAAGAACAAGAACGCCCUGCUCUCCGUUGAGCAGUUGCUAAUGGAAUACACACAAUUGUUGACCAAGAGAAGUGUAGAGUGCAUCGAAGCUGCCCUGCGUCUCUCCAAGACGAAGGAAGCAGUGCAGAUGCUGGAAUUCUCCAUCGUCGGAAUGUCUUUCCGCCAACUGCUGCUCUUGCUCCGCUUCUUCAGCUCAGUUCCUGGCCUCCGUAGCCCUCUUCUAACAGACUUGGUGAUGGUGUACAAAGCUGUGCAGCGCGUCUCUAACGUUCUUCCCAAGAUGUUUCUACCGCUGAGUAGUUCGCUCCUUCAAGCUAAAGCCGAGGAGGUAAUGAUUCGCACAUGGGAAGUGGAGUCCCCGCAUCGCUACGACAACAACAUGGAUGUCUACAAGACGUUUGAUUGUCCCGGUUCAAGUCAGUAUGUGAUUGACUUUGAUUCGCGCUGUGAGACAGAAGCAAGAUAUGACUACUUGGAGUUCACCGAUGCUCACGGCUUGUCACGCCGUUUCGACAACUCAGUGGGCAAUGUCAAGUGGCCACUCAAUGUCUCGUUUCCCGGCGGUGGUCCGUUGAACUUCCGUUUCCACUCGGACGGCUCGUCGGUGGAGUGGGGCUACAAGUUCAAGGUAACGGCUAUGGGUCGACCAGAGGUAGCUAUGCCUUGGAUCUACGAUGUACAUCUUGCACUGGCUGAAGUGCUUGGGCGGUUGACCGGUGGAUGCCUCAAGCAAGAUAAUGCUUCACCACUGGUUUCAGCCAAGAAGAAGAAAUCGCAGGAUGCCACUGACACUGCCUCUGGUGAAGACUCAGCUGAUGGUGAUGGCGCUGCUGCUGCUUCAUCAUCCUCGCCAGAUUCGUCAGCGGCGUCCGAGUCUGGCUCCUCGUCGGCUCCCGCUUCAUCAGCACUGCCAUCCACGUCACCUCAGGAUAAAGAUAAGGAGGAGAGUGACAUCCUGUUGCAGAGGCUGUGGAGUACCGUGUUCCGCGGUGGCUUCAUGCAGAAGAAACUACAGCGCUCUUUCUCGGGACAAUUUAGUGCCAGCCCUACGGAUAGCCGUGUAAACGAGUUCCUACGCAACGUUGCCGAUCGCACGGAGGGACCAGCGUUGGAUUUCCUCAGCAAGUGUCAGGCGAAGCGUCGCUCUCCACCCGUAGGCGGUGAGCCUGUCAACCAGGCCGUGGCUGCAGUGUUUGCCGCACUCUGCUGGCACUCUCAGUGUAUUCGUGAACAACUCGUCACCUAUGUUGAGGAGACGGUGCCCGACGAGUUCAGCUCCGAGAUUCAGCAGGCGUUCAUGACGGCUGAUUCUCUCCGUCGGCAGCUUGUUGACCGUCGUCAACAGCUCGUGCUGCAGUCGGAUGAUGCGCAGCUUAGCCCCGAGGAGAAGGCAGCCAUUGAUCCCGAAGAGCCGGCAAAGAGUUGCCGAGCCAAGGCACUGUUCCUUCUCAAGUUUGCCGGCAUGUCACGUCGACGACAGGAUCCAGAUGAGGGCGAGUCGACCAAGAGUCGUCCCAAGUGGCUGAUUCGCUCAAACUCCUGGGACCGUGUGUACGAGAGAGUCAAAUCCGAAGGCCAACUGGAGCAGAUGAAAGCGUUUGCUGCCGAAAGUCAGAACGCUGCUCGGUCGCCGCUAUUCAGAAUGAUUGUCGACUUUGUCACCAACAGUGCUCUCAGUGAUAAGAAGGUGCAAGAGUUGCUGGAGAAUAGACGUAAACGUGCUGUGGAGAUAUCCGAUGCGUACCUUUAUGCUGCUGACUACCUGACAGCCAUUGAUGUUCAGAACGAUGAGCUACAGCUUGCAUCAUUGGUAUAUCUGCAGAACAUGCUGCAAGCACUGCACCCAGCCAGUCAGCACUAUGCUGAUUCUCUGGAUGGUUGCGGGCUGGAGAUUGAGACACGUGUACGUCGCUCCUAUUACCGACUUGUACACCGUCUAAUGAGCAUGGUCAGGGAGGCCAAAGCUAGCAGCAAGAGAGGGAGUCGAUCUUCCAUGGCUCGUCUUGCUUUCAUCAAGUGCCUUCUGCAUCUUCUUGACAUUCACUGGGAGGACUUUGACUACUGGUUCCUCAUGGACAUAUCACUACCGGAGUUUCUCAUCAGCGUCUGCAAAGUGUCGUUUGACAGCCAAGUCUUGCCCGCUUUCGAGAGUGAACAGAUUGAGCGUCAUCGUCGCUACAAGAGGUGGUUUCCGGAAGCCAGUGGCGACUACAGCCGCUGGGCGUCGGCCAGAGAACCAUCAGAUAACAUGCAACUAUUCAUCAGCUCGUUCUCCGAGGAACUGUCAAACAUCUCGGUGAAUUGCGAUAUUUGCAGCGACACAAUAUCACCGAUACGCUACCGCUGCCUGACCUGCAGGGACUAUGACAUUUGCCGCAGCUGCUGGACAGGUUUGGGCGAGGUGAAGAACUGCCCAGAAGCUGGUCCUGGUGAGAUGCACACCUUCAAUGAGAUGCGGUGGAGUUGUGACAGUUGUCGAGUGCUGAUCAACGGCACACGUAUCCACUGUGAAGAGUGUGAUGAUUUUGACCUGUGUCUGGGAUGUCACUAUGAUGGCUCCACACCACUGCAACAUCAAGCAUCUCACCGGGUGUCCCGCGACUGCACAAUAGUUGGACGCGAGCUAACUGGUGAUGAGCUGCUGGAUCAUAAAGACCAGAGCGGACCUGAUGUGGAUGCAGCACGCUUGCUGACAUCCUAUGUACACCACCACGCAUGGAACCUCUUUGCUUCUUCGGCUAUCUCUCUGUCGCAAUAUCUACAGAACAAUGCUGCAACCGGCCAGUCAACGGGAGACAUUGACUACAUUGCCCAGGCGGGUAUUCUUCUGCGUCGCUGUGUGCGUCUGUUGACCAGCUGUGUUGUGGACAUUUCAGAAGCCACCAGAGAUGCAGCUGCAGCAGCACGUCUUGCCGCGGCCAAUGCAAGCAAAGCAAGCGCAGUCGAGGAGGCAGGUAAGGACAAGGCCGACGAUGCAGCCAAGCCAAAGGAUGACAGCAGCAGCAGCGACAGUGCCGAUGCUGAUGCUGAUUCUGAAGAGACUGCGGACGGCGAGCAAUUUGAAAAGCCGGCUGACGAGGAGGCAAGCGAAGGGCAAACAUCCGCUGCUGCUGCUGCUGCUGCGCCAGAUGCCACUGGCGGUGAAGGAUCGUCGUCUGCCACGACCGACGCGGAUACUGCUGCUGCAGACUCUCAGAAAGAGAGCAGCAGCUCUGACGGUGCAAGCACAGCAGGCUCAACCGACGGUGUUGCUGCAUCGACCUCCGUCGAACGUUCUCUGAGUGCCGACUCGGCUGCCGGCCGUCGCAAGCACGCCCCGCUAACCGUGUCCUUCUCGCUGCCCGAGGACGCUGCUGCUACUGCUGCACUGGCGGCAUCAGCCGACGCGGAGCAGGGUGCCGUCACGUUUGGUGACAAGAUGGACGUUGGUGCAGAGGUGGAGGUGGAGGUGGCCGGUGACUCCGAUGAUGUUCAGCAACAACAGCAGGAGGAGCUAGGCGACGGAGGCGGGGCACAGGUUCCGGCCGAGGUGGAGGGUCUUCUGCUGGAUGCACUGAGUGAUGACAGUGCCCCUGGCAGCAUGUCACCAGGCAGAGAUAUCAUGAGUCCGUUAGCGUCCGUACUGCUGGUUCCCGAAUCAACUAGUGACUUUGCCAGCCGUACACCUACCGAUGAAGACAAAAAGUUUGCCAUGACUUGUUGCGAACAGAUACUUGGUAUUCUCGGCACACUGUUGACACCAGAACGGAUUUCACUCUGGGGAGGCACGGAGCAAGGUGAACGCGCUGAGGAGUUUGAGGUAUUCUUGCGGACGGAACUGCUCCCAGCGCUCUUUGCUCUCGCCAGCAUGUCGGCUCUUGGCAAGUUCAUUGUGCAGAACGUUGCACUAGCUCUGCUGGGCCGCCUGUUAGGAUUGCUGAAGCCAGAGUUGUGUGACGAAAGUCUUAGUAUCUAUAAAUCACGGCUGGCAGAGAAUGACAAGGUCGAGGAUGAUGCUGUGGCCUUACUGGACGUUAAGGAGAUGGACGUAGACAUCAGCAGUGGGCCAGGAAUGGCCACCAUCGCCUACCUCUUUGCUCUUGGUACGCAGCGAAUGAAGAACUCUGACUUGGAAGUUGCUGCUCUAAUCGUUGACUUGUUGCAGCAUACGUGCAGUACGGGCGUGUGGCGACAGCCCACAUCCAUCUAUAUGUCAUCCUGCCUAGAGAAACUCUCCACUAUGUCCAUCAAGCAGACCGUGGACAUCACGGCGUUGUUUGGUAUCUCCGUGCUGACCGGCCUGCCCUAUGUGCACCGUGCCGGCAUGCUAUGCCGCUACAUUCCGUCUAACGACCCCGUCGCAAAGAAGGGCAGGAACAGCAGGAAGAAGUCACCCAUGGUGUCCGACGAGGAAGGUCGACAAGUUGUCGUGCUUAGCUACGACGCUGACAAGUGUGUGAUGGAGGUCGUCGACAUCGAAACACGCCUCAAGUCCACGGUUAAGGAAGACUGUAUUGUCGAGGAUAUCAGCAACUAUGCCGUCGAUACCAGUUGUUUCCCCAAGCUAGUUGAGUUACUGGAGAGCUUGCUUCCCACGGCUGCAUUAGGUACACAUGGUCUAUCAUCCGUGGAAAGUGCCGUAGUCCUAUCUCUGGUUCUCAAGGCUGUAGUGAAUUGUGUACAGGAUCCCACUUCUCCGACUGCCGCGCGUGCCGUGUCGACGCUGAGCAAAAUGGCCGGCCACGUUCAGUCGUGCAUGUCGCCCUCGCCGAGCGCUACCAGUAGCUGUAGCGACGUAACACCCUCCAGCAGCCAGUCGAGUGUCACUAGCACCAGCACCACGACACCAACUACCGGUUCCCUCUCAGCUGAUGCUACUGGCAACGCCGACGCCGGAGAUGAUAGUGCGACCGCUGGCUUGGCUCGGUCAGCCACUGCUAGCUCGUCAUCCGAUGAUCAGCAGCACCCGGGCGGCAAGAAACAGCAUGGCCGUUGCCUCGGCGAGACGGUCGAGCAGCGCGUCGGCAUGCUCAUCGAGCGCAAUCUCAUCAGCGCGCUAGUGCAGCUGGCCGGUCGUGGCACGGCGCUCAGCACGUCCUGGACCCUGCCACAUCUAGAGCUGUUGUGUUUCAGCCUGUUUGAGCCGUCCCUUCUCAAGGACACCACCACCGCCACUGCCACCGAGACAACGUCGAAAGCAGACGAAUCGACAGAAGCAAAGAAGGACGACCCAAGUGCUUCCGCCGAUGCCCCAUCCAACGAAGCAUCGGCAGCAACGGCUGUCAGUGGUGCAGAAGAUGACACCAAGCAAACAGACGAUGCACAAACUAGCGACGGCGGUCCGGAGGACAGUGCUGAGAAGACCGACAAGGAGCAAGAUGACAAGACUGAACACUCGGUGGCGGCGUCAUUGGAAGCCAAAAAAGACGAUGACGACGAAGCCAGCAGUUCGACUAGCAGCCCUGACAAGAAGGAAGAGGAGAAAGACAAGAAGGAAGAAGAGGAAGACAAGAAGAAGGAGGAAGACACGAAGGAAGAGGAGAAAGAGAAGAAAGAUGGCAGUGACGAUGAUGACGACAGUGACUUGGAGCAAGGUGAAAACCCAUUGGAUGGCAUUGCUGAGGAUGGCAAAGACACCAUACUGACUGUUCACGAUGCGUUUGGCACAAAGCUAUCCAUCCUGAGAGCUAUCUACGAGAAGCACAAUCGCAAUUGUGAAGCUAUGAUCAAUGCCGUGCGAGCGCUAUUUGAUGAUGACUCUGUCAACUUGUCUGCAAGUGAUGAGAUCAAGGAGAUGGCAAAACGAUGGGAGCCCAAGCCCAAGAUUAUCAAGCCGAAGACGCGCGGCGACGGCCUGACCGAUGUUGGUCUUAUCCCGUUCAUCCCCUCAACCGAGGAGACCAGCACACUGAAAGCCGUCAGUGAGGACAUCGAAGUGAGCAAUGCACUGGAGCUGCUCAUUCCUAGCAACAAGGGCGACGCAGAGAAUGGAGAUCUUGUGUCCAAGGUACGGCGUACAGCCUCCAAAGCACUGCUCAAGACCGAGCUUGCCAAGAAACCAGCCGACACGGCCGCAUCACGAACGGACCUACUGAAGUGGCAAUCAGCUGUGGCCAUACUGCAUGCACGCAAUCUUCUCGGAGAAGUACUGGCACACUGGCCCAGCGAACUCAAGCUGGUGACACAGCUGUUCCAGGCCGGUGAGGAGAGCUCGAUGUACUCCCUACUGGAACUGCUGCACGAUUCGCUUCCCUGGUCUACCUUCCAGAAGGUGUUGUGUGAAGCAGUGAAGCACGUCGAGCCAUGUCACAUGUCUCCACUCUGCCAGGCAGCUUGCCAGUGCAUGCGCAGCUGUGUCAUGCAGAAGAAGACGGCCCAGUCAGACCACAAGUACUCUAACAACAUGAACGAAACCGGACAAAUCACCCUGGAUGGAGCAACAUCUGUUCACGUGUCAUUUGACAACCAGUGUUCUACGGAGGAAGGCUGUGACACUCUGACUUUGUCUUCCUCACGGGAUCACACACAGCACCAACGUGAAUACUCUGGACGCGGAUCUGAUGUCUGGGUAGACGCUGACUUUCCAGGUGAUACGGUGUACUGGAAGUUCCGCACUGACAGCAGUCAUACCGAAUGGGGAUGGAAAAUGACACUCACUGGAGGCGGUAUGGGAAGGUUUGAGACAGGCUACUCCUUAGUGAAAUCCUUGCUUGAUGGUGAUGAGCCACUACUCAGGUCUCUGCCAUACCCACAGCUCUGCCGCAGCCUGGUAACAGUAGCUUGCUCACAGAUAUCUGCGUUCCGCAUCAAAGCCCUCGGUCUUCUGGUGUCCAUGAUGCGUCAUGUAGACAAACUGUGCAUAGGCAAGGAGAAAGGUCCAGAUCUUGGUCAGUUGAGACCACUCUGGGUUCUGUACACCGAGUCGUUUGAGAAGGUUCCGCUGGAGAGCAAUACGCCGUAUUUGGCGCCUGAGAUCACUCUGGCGCUUACCGAGCUAUUCUUCAUAGUGGAGAAUCUUGUGAUGGAGUGGGAUAUUGCCGAUGAGUUUAUCAUUGCUAUGGCAACGCCAGAAGGUCUGCAUGACACGUUGUCCAAGGGCAUCUGCACAGUAGCUUUCAUCGGUGCUGCAAUUGACAUGCCAAACAAGGCAACCAACAUCUUCAUGGCUGAGUACGCCAAGGCAUUCGCGGCUGCCGCAGAGGCACGCAAAGCUGCCGAGGCCGAUGCGUCCAAGGCGGGCAGGAGAAGACGAAGGAAUCGCCGCCGAUACGGUGACAAUGAGGAAAAUGAUGAUGAUGAUGAUGACGACGACGAUGAUGAUGACGACGAUGACGACGACGAUGACGAUGACGAUAACACCUCUGACGACGACGACAACUCUGAUUCUUGUGAGGAUGAGGAUGACGAUGAAGACGACGACGACGACGAUGAAAGUGCCGACUCGUCGUUUGGUUCUGGUUACGGCGAUGAUUGGUAGAUUGUGAAUCCAAACUAGUCCUGGGCUAUGCUUUCCCGCUGCCUUCCUCGAAACACAUAGACACCAUCGACGCUGGCAACUAGCUGCGUGGUCUCCCAGAGCGUCUGCUGACGUUGAGCUUGUGGUGUGCAGUCAGUGAUCGUGUGUUUGCAUGCACUCUGGGACGCACGUUCCUGUCUUUCAGCUUCGCCGCCGGCUUGGGGUGCACCUUGUCUUUUUUGACACACACACACACGCAUGCACGCACACACACAAACACACACACACACACACACACACACACACACACUCUCUCUCUCUCUCUCUCUCUCUCUCUCUUUCGACCUUGCACUAUUUACACCUAUUUGACUCUGUUUCAUGCUUGGAUAUUGCCUUAUUUGUAGUAGGCGUGCUAGUCCUAUAUAUGCACAACCAGUCCGUUUUAGGUCUUUUAGAGCUCUGCAUAUGUGGUGGGAUCGUCAUGAAUAAUUUCGCUAUCCCUUUCCUUGGAUAUCCAUGCUAGUUUUCAAGGGAAAACUAGAAAAAUAGCUAUCAGCCCUCCAAUUUGUAUAGCGUUUAUUUGUAUGCUUGCAUUGCUUGUGUCAUGCGCUAUCUAUACCGUUCUGCUGUAUGCCGCUGGGAGUUGUGCAAAAGCUGCUCUUUGUUUUUACAGCGGGUUGUUUUUACUUGUUUUUACUUGUUUUCUCUUUUAUGUAGCAAGCCGUCCUGCUCGCCCGCGCUUUCCCUUUUUGUGUGUGUGUGGGAGUGCUGUACGCUCCUCGGCUCGCACUAUUUUCCGUACUUCUGCACAUUGUAUCUCUAGGCGUACUAGCGGCAUGCUGGCAUGUGUUGCGUACGCCCCAAACAUCCCUUGCAACCCGCCCCUCUCCCCGGUCACCCACACCAUCCCCUUUAACCCCUCCCUCUCCCCGUACACCCACACUAUCCCUUACAACCCGCCCCUCUCCCCCGAACACCCACACUAUCCCUUACAACCCCUCCCUCUCCCCGACCACCCACACUACCCCGUCCUUGGAUCGUUUUUUUUUUUAAUGAAACAAGUCGUCAGACAUUAUGUACCUUGUGAGGCACGGGUGCCUUUACAUUGUUUUGUUGUUGUUGUUGUUGUUUUUGCUUCCUUUUCGAAUUGAUCGCUACCUUUUCCAUUCCUGCUCGGCCGUUGUCAGUAUGCUGCUGAUGCUGCCAGAUUAUCUGUUUUGUCCUCCUAAGUUUCUACACUGUACAUGUUGUUGUUAGCAAAGCAUAGCGGUCUCUCUACUGGGCGCGUGUUAGAAUUUCCCAAGACACCGUUGCAUUCUGCUCUUUGUCAUCGUGUAUCCUGUUUCUUAUCCUUUACAAAAAAUAAUACUUAUCUGCACUCGCA